AUGGCGAGCUCUCCAUUGCAACCUGCACCUCCUGUGCACCUUGAUCUUGACGUCGAAGCAACCGCAUUUCAGCACUCCUCCCCGCUUUCUCUCCGGCAAGAGCCACACCCAUUGUCCUCUCUACAUCCUACCGACGACGUCUUGACUCACGACUAUAACUUCUCUGGCGCCACUGACGAUGGGAGCACAUCCGACGCCGAGACAGAGGGGCUGCUGGAAGACCAAGGUCAGCAGGAAGAGGGUGUUUUCAUCAAAAAUGGACGAGUCUUCUCAGGAUGCUCAUCAAUCUCGUCUUUUCCUGCGUCCAUAUCCCAACAUGUACCUCUAGAAGAAGAACCGUAUGAUGGGCCACAGACACCCUCUAAACGCGGCUCCAUUGCGGUGUCUCCGCUAGGAGGUGCUGGAGGUCGCAAUCAUCCCACAGCUUCGCCCCGAAGUUUUCGAGAAUACCCCUCCCCAUUCCGCCAUCCUAGCAGCGUUCGAGCUUUACAGAUGAAAGACGAGGUCAUGAGCGAGACACACAGUGUGCUGCGGCACCAUCGACGGAGCGGCUCGCAAAUGUCCGCCUACAGCCAGCGCAGCUCGUAUUCUGCCCACACUUCUCCUACAAAGCGACUGAGCCGCUCCCACCGCAGUUCGCCUUCCAAGGGUGGAAGCAACCUCAAGAAGGAGUUCCCGCUCGUACUCCUACACUGCACGCUGUUGCCGCCAAACAUACGUGUCCAGCCGGGGUCGGUUGAGGAUUCCUUGAUCCUUGAUUCAUUGCCAGAAGACUAUAAGCAUCGAUGGGUCGCUCUGCGGAACAAACUGGCAGACGCCGAGAUCAGCAGUCGCGGUGUUUUAAUACCACACCCUCGAGAGGACCUGGCCCUCCUCGAAGAACGGCUUUUGGAAAGUUUGGAACUGGAAGCGCCCCGCAUCAGACACAACCAUUAUUUCCAGUCCGACGGCAGCGUUGCUGAUAGUGGUUUCGAAAGCGCCAGCACCGAAGAUGAGACUGAGCUGGAUCCCUCGUGCGAGGCAUGCCCUGACUGCGGGCGGCGGCUACGCGCUGAAGAGGUUAACCGAAAGUGGGAAGUCAAGGUGUUUGCCGCAAAUGGCCUGAUGCGCGCUGGGGCUUGGGCCGCAGCUUGGCAAGAGAUGGAAAAAGUCGAUGUGGAAAUCAAGGUCUGGCUGCCAGACGAGGUCCGGCAGGAGCUGGAAGCAAAGCUUGUGCUUAUGGCCGCUCCGCAAUUUGAGACGACAGAGCUCCCCUCCCAAGAGGCCCAUGUGGAGCCCGGGAUUGACGGCCUAAGCGAAGAAGAUACAAAAGGCCAGUCUAGGAGGUCGGAAGCUCAGGGAAACACGUGUGCCGUGGAGGAGGAACCUGUCAUCCGGACAGAGCCGAUGAGCUCGAGCCUUCCGCCGGUCACAAACGAACAAAACGUCUGGGCGCGACUGGGUAGCCAUGCAAGAGAAUUGACAGGAGAUAGGAGAAACGUCCUAGUCGGUGUCCUGAGUUUCUUGGUAUUGUUCUUCGCAUUGGCACGACCAGAACAACGCAGUCAAGGCAGUUCGGGCCCGACACUGGCAUUCGAGACUGCUGAUAUGCCCAAAGUCCUUACAAGCAUAACCACAGUCACGACAACCAGUGUCGCUGUUACCACCGCACUUGUCACAGUCCCUACUGCCAGUGCAACCCCUGCGAUUUGUUCGCAGCCAGAGCCUUUGGGGACAAUGGAGGCGUUGUCCGCUGCAAGUGUUUACGCGCAACCCUUGGCAGCCAAGAUCGCGGCUUCACCACAGCCUACCCUAGAAGACACGAGCAGUUCAACAGCGCCUCAGUCCGAAACAGCUGCUGCUGAAUGA